AUGGUAAUGGUCAACCGACAGCAGGAUGCUGAUCAAAUCGUCGACCAACACCGACAAGAAGACUUGGCGGUGGAAAAUAAUUUGACAACUAUUGUCGAAAGGAUUAUGGCUAGAAAUGGCAUGGGUGCCACGUUACAAAGGCCAUUAUACAUUUCCCCGUUAGCUGAGUUUAUUCUCCAAGCCGAGACGCCCAGGGGGAUGAAAGUGCCUAAGUACACUAAAUUUGGGGGAGAGUCUGGUGAAUCGAUAAUAGAGCAUGUCGCCAGAUACUUAACAGAGUCAUGGGAUCUAGCUCAUAAUGAAUGCUUAAGAGUAAAAAACUUCCCUUCCUCUCUGACCAAGGCUUCCUUCACAUGGUUUACUUCGUUGGCCCCAAGUUCUAUCAACUCAUGGGCCAAACUAGAAAAGAAGUUACAUGAACAGUUUUACGAAGGAUACUCCAAAAUUAGUUUGGCGGAAUUGUCUAGUAUUAAGAGAAGGUUCGUUGAGAGUAUAGAUGAUUAUCUGAAUCGUUUUAGGUCUUUAAAGGCUAGGUGCUUCACACAAGUGCCAGAACAUGAACUAGUUCAAAUGGCCGUAGGAGGAUUAGAUUAUUCCAUUAGGAAGAAGAUAGAUCCAACUUUUGUGAAAAGUAUGUCACAGCUGGUUGACAGAGUCCGACAUCUAGAACGACUGAGGCUAGAAAAAAUUAGGCACAAUAAGUCUGAGAAAGAAAAGGUAGCGUUUGUCGAAUACGACACGACAGACCCAAUACGUGAGACCGAUUAUCCUUCAUCGACCGAAUUAGAAAUUGACGUGGCUGAACUAAAGUCAGGGUCCGCCUAUGAGUGUCGCUCAUUGCUGCCUACGCAAGGGAAGAAUCCUGUCGAAAACAACCCAAAAUUCCCUUCAAAAACUUACACUUUUGACGUGUUGAAGUGUGAGGAAAUUUUUGACUUAUUGGUCAAAGAUGGGCAGAUGGUGGUGCCGCCUGCGAUUCAAGAAGGCAGGCUGAAAUUUGCUGGCCGCAGGAUGAAGAUCGACAUUGAUCCUCUUCACCAGGAGGAAACCCUGUUCGUAGAAUCAGUCGAGAUCAGCGAAUAUGAUGAGGCCAACAUGCUGGAGAAAACUGGGGAAAGCCCAGAUGUCGAUAUAGCUGAAGUUUACCCAAUGGCUGAUGAAGAUUUGGUGGAUUUUCUGUAUCGCUGCAAAAACAAGGAUUCACAGGUGUGCCUGUGCCCAAGGUGUGGUGUUGUCACCGACAAAAUAGCAGCAGAGAACUUCCAGAAGUUGCAGCUGGGUAAGAGCAAAAGGAAUGUGCCAACCAGGGGUUACCAGAAUGAAAGAGGCUAA